GAAGGGCGGUUGCGGCCCAGGAGCAGGGCCAUGGAUAAGCUUCGGCGAGUCCUGAGCGGCCAGGACGACGAGGAGCAGGGCCUGACUGCACAGCACCUCUUGUGAACAGGAUUCUGGACUAGUCUGAGGGUUCAGAGACUGAAAGCCAGGCAUCUGCUCUAACCAGUUUGGCGAAUCGUAAUGGUAAUACAAGAACCCAUAAAUGGUCCUGGACGCCUCGUCCCUCAGUUUCAACACCAGGCUGAAAUGGUUUGCCAUAUGCUUCGCCAGUGGCAUCGUCUUCUCUAUUCUUGGAACUGGAUUACUGUGGCUUCCUGGUGGCAUAAAGCUUUUUGCAGUGUUUUAUACCCUUGGAAAUAUUGCUGCCUUAGCCAGUACAUGCUUUUUAAUGGGACCCGUGAAACAACUGAAGAAAAUGUUUGAAACAACGAGAUUGCUUGCAACGAUUGUUAUGCUGUUGUGUUUCAUACUUACCCUGUGCGCUGCUCUUUGGUGGCAUAAGAAGGGGCUGGCCUUAUUAUUCUGCAUAUUGCAGUUCUUGUCAAUGACCUGGUAUAGUCUGUCGUACAUCCCGUAUGCAAGGGAUGCAGUAAUUAAAUGCUGUUCUUCUUUGCUGAGUUAAAAAUCAGAAACUCUUUGAAAAGACCAUUUGAAAGCUGAUGUUCUGUUUUUGGUGAAGUAUACUUUUCCUGAUACAGUAAUCACUCCAAAAAAACAACUGCACUGACCAUUUAAGACCAUUUUGUAUACUGAUAAAAACUACAUGCUAAUUAAACUGUUAAAUGCUUGUGAUGUUAAAUUCAUUUUGUGUCAUUAAGAUGCUCUUCCAGAGAUAAGGAGAUUUUAAUCAUUGCCACUUGUAAAUGAUUUUUAGCCAGUUUUUUUAAUGUUUUCUAAACAGCAUCUGAGAUGUGUAUAUUUAAUGGUAAACCUAUGCUGCAAGAUAUAUUCAGCUUUUUUGGUGGUUUUAAAAUGUCUACAUUUUAAAAAUAUCUUAUUAAAAUAAAAACUUUAAAUGUGAAAUUUUUUAUAAGCUAAAAAUUGCUAAUUAUAUGUAAUAAAAAUAAUAUAUAAAUCUUUAUAAUUUUGAAAUAAACCCACACUUGGGAAAAACA